UCGAGCCUUAGCCUUAGACUUCACAAAUCCCACAUCCAGUGCCAUGGCGUGGGAUGAGAAGAACCGGGACGAGUGGGCCAAGCGCUACUUGGAGACCACCUUCAAAGAAACGGUGAUCCCGCUGGAGGGCACGGAGGGUGCCAAGAUGAGCUUCUUUCGAGUUGAGCCGCGUGGGGACUGCGCGCUGGCGGUGAAGAAGGGGCAGCCGCAGCCGAUUUUCGAGUUGAAGAUCGACUUGGAUUGGAAGGUCGAGCAGCCCAUCGAGAAUGGCAAGUCCAUGCUUGAAGCUAAAGGACAAAUCCAGGUCACCGACUUCAGCUCGGAGGACAGCUCCGAGCCACAAAUGAAACUUAUCUGCGACAAUCAGCUGCCGCCAGGGGCCACGCCCGCCUUCAAGACUCUCAUGGACAAGCUCAAUGGUGCAGUGAAAUCGCAUGGCAAGACGGAGGUUGCGCGCAUUCUGGCGGAGGAUUUUGUCACCGAGCUGAAGAAGCAGAUGUGACGGAUGUGGAGCAGUCACUGCACAGAGCUGCGUGUAGCUGCACGCGUAGCUGCGCGUAGCUGCGCGUAGCUGCGCGUGGCUGCACGCUGGAGCAUCAAAACCAGCUUGUGGCAUGCCACAAGAGUGAGGCUAGCGACAUUUGGCUGAGGAGUUGGCCGAGGAGUGCAGCCCGCGUCGCAAGAGCCCGCAACUGCUAGCCAAAAGAUAUAUCAUAUGUGCGCUCACGAUGCCCCGCUUGGCAACUUGGGAUGACCGUCCAUCAAU